GGAGUGCCUGCUUCUUUCAAUCCAUUGCCCACCACUCAUCGACUUGUCAACGCCGAUCAUUCAGUCCCAUCGCUCCGCACUCCCAUUCCUAAACUUUAUCAGUAAUCCGACUUUCAAGAUGACACCCAAUAGUCCACCGCCGCUUGAGCAGAGCUUGUUCAUCACUACACCAAAUGUCAUACAUUUCUGCUCGCAACUAUCCGACAAGACUCUCUUCGAAUGCACAACGCCUGAUAGUAUCGUCAAUGCCCGAGCGUCCAAGGACAAUAGUGGCUUCACUUCCGUUCAAGCGUACUCCGUCCCGACCGCCCAGCUAUUGCCUGCACCACAAAACCAUCCGUCGCCGCCAAAUGUGAUUAGUGUUUCAGGCGAUGGCAACAUACUUUUGUCAGCCUCGCCUUCACCACCUGCGAUAUAUCUCCAAGACAGAAGAUGGGGAGGUAGUGCGCCGGUAAACUUUCACCCCACAGAUGCGCGGUUCCCAGUCAGUUGUGCAGUAUUCCAAACCUAUGGUGGCUCCGAACGGCUAUCGUAUACUUGUUUCUUGCUGGGGUUCCAAGACGGAACACUAGCACUCUAUAAACUGUUUCUACCCCCACGCUCACGACGUUACGAAGAAGCAAAUUACCAGCGAAGUCAGGCCUUCCACCUCCAGCCAGUCAAGAUUGGGGCUAUUAAGAAGCUACAUAAGGCGGCGAUGGGAGGCCUAUCGGCAGCUGAGUUUAUACCAGGCCACAGAUCACGGGUCGUCAGCAUCGGGCAUGACGGACGGUGCCGGCUUCAUGUCUCUGGGCCGGCUACUUGUCUGUCUGUCGUCUCAAAUGGGAUUGCGAGUUCGAAACGUAGAAAGAAUAAGACGGGAUUAUUGGGUGGCGACGCGAUGGAGGACACUGAACCUGUGUAUGAGGGAUCAGAAGUACUCCUCGCGAUUGGCACACAGGUUGGAAAGGUGCUGAUCUUCAAUGUCCUCGGCCUCCUCAUGCGUGAGAUUUUGAUGAACGGACCGGUUGUUGCCGUUGAGUGGGUUGGCGACAUGUCCGCACCUUCAGUCCUUCCAAAUCGAGUGUCUUCCAUGUCACCUGAAUCACACCCGGUGAUGACUGCGCUGGUAGAGGAGUACGAAAAGGCUCUAAACGAAGAAGAGUGUGGUACUGUCAUGAGGGUUGCGUUGCCUACCGAGGAAGUCGGGAUACGCAGUCCGUAUCCAAUAGGACAGGGAAGGGACUUUUUCUCGAGCAAUAGUCCACCGCACAGCAUUUCUACACGCGUAGCACGCAAGCCCUCCGACGUCUCAACCGGCUCGCCACUCCAAGUUGAGCGAACAAGAGAGCGACCGCGGCGGAAGUCUUUUCCCCGACCACGAAUCGCGACAGAGACCUUUAGGUCUCCUUCAGAAACUAUUUCCAGUCCAUCUCUCCCUACGAGUUCUUCCAGUCAGAACGCAACAACCAUCAAAGAAACCCGUAAAUGGCCACAAAUUCGUCAGGCUCCAGACUUACCUCCUGCGGCCCGCGUUCUCCGCUUCUCUCCAUCAACAGUGGAUUCUCAGUCAUCUGAUGGGUCUGACUCUGAGUGCUCAGAUCAAGCAUUCUUCACGCCUCCGUCCACACGUCGGGAUAAUGACAAAGCACCCCAACGCUUCACCAACCCGAGGAUCUCGGUUGCUGGACAGAAAACUCCGACACGCCAGAUAUCACUAUGUCGAAGAAACACGCCAAACACCUCAGUAUACCCUCGCCCAACGUCUCGGGCACGCUCGAGAGAAGAAGACAAACCUAUAACCAAGACACAACAUCAGACUCCCAACAACCUACAGGACGCAUCGUCACCCCUUGAUCCAAAAGCUAAGAGUAUUCCGCACAUCCAGCCCACAACGCGCGACUCGUCAUCGAGAACCCUAGAUAAUACUACAGACCCCACUCCAGCCACACCUCCACAUGCGAAUGCUACGCCCUCCCCACUCGACUCGCCCAGCAGUCUCUACUCUCGUCCAACACCCCCCCUGCCCCACAGAUCUGCCAGCCGCGUAGAUGGCACGAUAAGUAUUCCAAAUCCAACGCCAGAAGUGCAAGGAGACCUUGGCUUCGACGUGGCGGAUAUCUCGCCCGAGAAGCGGUUUCGAGUCGCAGGACGGCGGAGAGCGGCGACAGCCACGCUUGCGCCUGCGCCCGCGACUUUAUCCAGUCACGAGGCACGGAAGCUGCGGGAGGAUAAUGAGGUGUUGAAGAGGGAUUUGGAGGCGUUGAGGGAGGAGUUCCAGGCGCUGAGGAAUGUGUUGUUGAGUUCGAGGAUCGAGAGGUGAGGUGACGGUUGUGUGUCAGUCUUAAUUUGUGAUUUUAUACUCCCUUCCCUAAUAUCAAUUCGUCUGCGCUCCGCUUCGCAAGAUGUACUCUCCUUAAUCAUUUGCGCAGAUGAGCCUGAUCAUCACAAACAUGGAAAGAG